CGUUACAGAAAGGAUGUGGAAGAUGGAAUAUACGUGGUAUUUGUUUUCACUUCUGACACUAAUAGACAACUGCAAUGGAAUAUUGUCAGCGGACGAAUUCAGGAAAACUGCCUUCACUAUCAAGUCUACCGAAGAGUUCUUCGACAAGUGGGUCAGGUUGAAUGGAUCACGAAUAAACAUCACCAGUCUUACCGGAGAAACAGGAGAGACAGGAGAUAAGAUCUUAGUUGGAGGAGAGGAGAUCAGGAUGGCAGAGUUUGACCGCUGUAGCCCGCGAAAUACAACAGAGUAUUUCGGACAGCAUAAUUACGAUCCGUCUGUCAUGUAUUGGCCCCCUUGUACCAGGACAAAGAAGUGUGGAGGGUGUUGCACCAACAGCAUGAUGACGUGUGUGCCCGUUAUUGUAACAAGCAAGAUUCUACAGGCGGCAAAGACUCGUCUUCCAAGCCCAGGAUCACCUUUUUUCGAAUUCGUUGGCAUGGAGACACAGUUGGUAGAAGACCACAUUGCAUGUGAACCUCGUUGCAGUAUACAUCCAAGUGACUGCAAUGUCAUGCAGGAGUUCUCAGAGCUCGACUGUAAAUGUUUAUGUCGAAACUACCAGAGCUGUUCUGAUGUCCACUACUUUGACGAGACGCAAUGUGAAUGUCUCUGCAACAAAGUAGAAACGUGCACCGGUGCCCAUUUUAUCUUCGAUGAACGUUUCUGCAGAUGUCGCAUGAUGACAGCACUUGAGAUCAAUCAAGUCCUACUGGCUGGAGGUUUGACUAAUGAGGAGAUAAUAGAAAUCAUGAAUGCAAACCGAGUCACGGCUACCUCGCAGAAGAUCACGAACAAUUCCACGGGUACUCCUCAAGUAACCAACAAGGGAACCACUACCAUUUCUUCUACCACUACUCCGGAACCUACCACUACUCCAGAACCUACCACUACGACCACUGAAACCACUACGACAACCACCACGACAACAACACCACCUCCCACCACAACCACCACAACGCCAGCCACCACCACCACCACCACCACAUUCAGACCUCUCAGUCUAGAAGAGGUGUGCGACCGUAAGCAGUGCCGAAUUAACGAGUCACCAGUAUUGUUAUCGAAUGGCAUUUGUCACUGUAUGCUGAAGUUUUUUAAUUCCAUCAGUUUGCACAACUUGGGCGGCCUUAGGUACCGAAGAGAGCUGACCCGGAGACGGAGGGCUGCGCGGCCAUAUCAUUAGUUAUUGCUGCCUGGAACAUGUGAGAUGUUGUAGUGCUUAAACAUUUGUGUGAAUAUACAUUCCAUAAAACGGAUGGCUUCAAUGGAUUCCAAACUUUGAUGAAAAGUAUUGUGUUAUGUUGGUUCCGGCGACUAAGGCUGUGAUUUCCCGUCUGCUAUGUCGUUUAGUGGGACUCGAGUAGUUCCAAUAUUUUUAUUUUCGUAGGUUUGUGGAUAUUUGUUUUUAUCAGAUUUACUGUAAACAUUAAAAAAUAACCAUGUCACAACCAUAUACAGAAGUAGUGUCUUCUGAACAAUUGAGGUAGUAUACCGGUGUUUUGCCUACUGGUUUAGUCAGUUUGAUUUACGUGGUCACCAUUACUAAAUUAUUAUCCAUCUA